AAUGGAAGUUUGAAAAAAGAUUUUGACAGUUUUUUGUGGAGGAUAAGAAAUUUCUUAAUUUGGCGCCAUCCUUUCAUAAAUGUGACUCCCACCACACACUCUUCACCAAAAUCUCUUCCCACCCACAUUCCCAUUUUCUCCUAAUAUUAUCCAACGCUUUACUCAUAUCUCCACUUAAAUUAGAGCCCUAAAAUGGGGAAUUCAAAUUCCUCCCCAGUGAUGAUAAUAAUUAGCAUGGUCGCCAGAAAUGGAGAAUAUAUAUGGUAUUGUACGACCUGCAGAUUUGUUUAAGGAUUGUCAUCUCGCAAUCCAUGCUUCUGUACAUAGGCCAUGGCUAUGUUUAAGAUUUUCCCUCUCUUUUUUUUGCCGCAAUAAAUGAGCUUUUUAAGUAAGUAAUCCAUGGAUCUUCAACCAGACGCUGCAAACAUGUCUACCAAGAAGAAGGACCUUCUCUCCACUGCCAUGAAGAGGACUAGUGAAUGGAUUUUUUCACAGGAGAUUCCUAGUGAUGUAACUGUGAAUGUUGCAGGAACUUCCUUUUCUUUACACAAGUUCCCAUUGGUCUCAAAAUGCGGAUAUCUGCGGAAGCUGGUGUCGGAGUCCUCCGACGCCGACGUCUCCGCGGUGGAGCUCCCCGACGUCCCCGGCGGGGCGGAGGCGUUCGAGCUGGCGGCGAAGUUCUGCUACGGCAUAAACUUCGAGAUAACCACCGAGAACAUCGCGAUGCUGCGAUGCGUCGCGGAGCAUCUGGAGAUGACAGAGGAGUACGCGGUGGGGAACCUGGUGGCGCGAUCGGAGGCCUACAUAAACGAGGUAGCGCUCAAGAGCCUCGCUGGCGCGGUCUCCGUCCUGCAUUCCUCCGAGAACCUCCUCCCCACGGCGGAGAAGGUCAAAUUGGUCAGCCGCUGCAUCGACGCCACCGCGCUCGUGGCGUGCAGGGACUCCCGAUUCGCCUCGCCCGAUCCGUCCGCCGGAGCCGCCGCGGCCGCCGAUUGGUGGGCGGAGGAUCUCACCGUGCUGCGGAUCGAUCUCUUCCAGCGAGUCCUCAUCGCGAUGAUGGGGAGAGGGUUCAAGCAGUACGCCCUAGGCCCGAUCCUCAUGCUGUACGCGCAGAAAUCCCUUCGAGGUUUGGACAUAUUCGGGAAGGGGAGGAAGAAGAUGGAGGCGCGGCAGGAGCAUGAGAAGAGAGUGGUGUUAGAGACGAUAGUGAGCCUCCUGCCGCGGGAGAGGAACGCCAUGUCAGUGAGCUUCCUGUCGAUGCUGCUACGGGCGGCGAUAUUUCUGGAGACGACGGUGGCUUGCCGGCUGGACCUGGAGAAGAGGGUGGGGAUGCAGCUAGGGCAGGCGGUGCUCGACGACCUCUUGAUCCCCUCCUAUUCCUUCAACGGCGACACGCUCUUCGACGUCGACACCGUGCAGCGGGUCGUCGUCAACUUCUUGGAAGCGGAAAUACAGGAUGGUAGAGUGGGAUCAUACAAUCCAGAUGAAGAUUUGGAGCGUGUGACUAAAUUGAUGGAGGAUUACCUCUCCGAGCUCGCUUCUGAUCUUAAUCUCUCCGUUUCCAAGUUCACAUCUCUUGCAGAACUCAUCCCUGAACACUCCAGAUCAACAGAGGAUGGAAUGUAUAGAGCAAUCGACAUCUACUUGAAGGCUCAUCCUGCAUUGAGCGACAUGGAGAGGAAGAAAGUGUGCAGUGUGAUGGACUGCCAGAAGCUCUCCCGAGAGGCGUGCGCCCACGCCGCUCAGAACGACAGGUUACCGGUUCAAACGGUGGUGCAGGUGCUCUACUACGAGCAACAGCGUCUGCGGGAAGUGAUGGACGGCAGCCUAGCCGAAUCCCCUGCUCUGGCACCGAAGCUGACGCCCUACACGGUGGACGUCCACCCGGUCUCGGACGAGCUCUCCAGCCUGCGGAGGGAGAAUCAGGACCUGAAGCUGGAGCUGGUGAAGCUGAAGAUGCGGUUGAAGGAGAUUGAGAGAUCAUCAUCUGGUGAGAAGCCUGCAGGCGCUACGGCUAUGAGUAUGAAUAGUCCCUCCAAACCUCCUCUGCCUAAGAAAUCAUUCAUGAGCUCUGUGGGGAAGAAACUUGGUAGGAUUAUGAGGGCUGAUGGACUCUCGCCUCACCCUGCCAAAGGUAGGACUAAACCUAAUAAAGACAGGCGCCAUUCCAUAUCAUGAUACAUUUCUUCUUGCCUUUGUUUUUUCCUGAUUAACUGAUUUUGGGGGUUGUAUAUGCUUGUACAAGUCGUUCGUGCUUGUGUGUAUAUGUAAAUUAUGUUGUGAACUUGAGUGCAAAUUGGUGAUAUUGAUCGAUGUGAUUUUGAGAUUAUUUCAACAAA